UCACAGCCAGAGGCAGUGUUCAUGUGUUGGGCCGGGUGUGGUAACCAGGAAGACUGGCUCACAGUGAUCUUUGUUCAGGGAACGAGCACAUUCUAGAACAUCAGAGUCAAGAGCCAGCUGUGCCGAGCCCUCUCUAGGACACUGUCUCCAUUGGGUUUCGGAUGAGCAUGUGACACACGGGCGACACCCAUGUUAUACGUGAACCGAGGGAAACUUGGACAAACCAAAAGUGAACCGUAGUCGGUGUACAAGGCACAGAGUCCUGAGCGAGUUUGGGAGCCUCGGAGACAGGCCUGGGGACAUGCCCUGUGGACUCCAGCCCAGGGAGAGGCAAUACAGAGUGCUUCACGACCUUUGGAGAUCGCCUAGCAACCUUCCUUAGGGGUUCUGUUCAUCCCCGACCAGAGAUCUGGAGUCAACGCCCCAAGAUUGAUGAGUUUGCCUUGGGAGUCAGUGAAAAGGUGAAAUAAAGGCCAACAUGGGUCAGAAGGUCACGGGAGGGAUCAAGACUGUGGAUAUGCGGGACCCCACAUACCGACCUCUGAAGCAGGAACUCCAGGGGCUGGAUUACUGCAAGCCCACCCGGCUGGACCUGCUGCUCGACAUGCCCCCCGUGUCCUACGAUGUGCAGCUGCUCCACUCCUGGAACAAUAACGACCGUUCGCUCAAUGUCUUCGUGAAGGAAGAUGACAAGUUGAUCUUUCACCGGCAUCCGGUGGCCCAGAGCACGGACGCCAUCAGAGGCAAAGUUGGGUACACACGUGGACUGCACGUAUGGCAGAUCACAUGGGCCAUGAGGCAACGAGGCACGCAUGCCGUGGUGGGGGUGGCCACAGCAGAUGCCCCUUUGCACUCUGUUGGGUACACAACCCUUGUAGGAAAUAACCAUGAAUCCUGGGGCUGGGACCUGGGGCGUAACCGUCUCUACCACGACGGCAAGAACCAGCCAAGUAAAACAUACCCAGCCUUUCUGGAGCCAGAUGAGACAUUCAUUGUCCCUGACUCCUUUCUCGUGGCCCUGGACAUGGAUGAUGGGACCUUAAGUUUCAUCGUGGAUGGACAGUACAUGGGAGUGGCUUUCCGGGGACUCAAGGGUAAAAAGCUGUAUCCCGUAGUGAGUGCUGUCUGGGGCCACUGUGAGAUCCGCAUGCGCUACUUGAACGGACUUGAUCCUGAGCCCCUGCCACUCAUGGACCUGUGCCGGCGUUCGGUGCGCCUAGCGCUGGGAAAGGAGCGCCUGGGUGCCAUCCCCGCUCUGCCGCUACCUGCCUCCCUCAAAGCCUACCUCCUCUACCAGUGAUCCACAUCCCAGGACCGCCAUACGACAGCCACCUGGUGCCAAGUCACUGAGCCGUUGGGGUCCACCGACCCCUGCGCCUGGGAUGGAUGCCUACCCUCAGCCAUGGGCAGACGUGCCCCCUCAACCUACCAGCUGCCUCUGCUGGGGGGACCUAUGCCAACGGACUUCUCCCUUCCCAACACUGGCUGAAGCAGCAGCAUCCAGGCCCUUCCCUGAACCAGAUGCAGAGAAUAAACUAUGAGAACCUCUCUCAGGCGCUUUCUGCUCUCAGGUGGAGUGGGCUGCCCCCCACUCCCUGCAGAGAGAGGCUACAGCCACCUGGGGGGUCCUGGGAGGUGAGACUAGCGGGAGGUGCCAGGGUCGAGUCCAAAAGCAGGAAUGGCCAGGACCAGGCCACACAGAUGAAGCUCAGGAUGUCACAUACCAUGGACACUGAGACAGAACCCCAGGUUGGACCUCCCUUGGGCCAACGAGUGCCAGCUUUAAUGUCAGCUGCCGGUGCUCCGUGGCCUGUAUUUAUUCUUUAAACAGUAGCAAAGGCCAUUUAUUUAUUUCACUUAGAAAGGAAACCUUGGUAGGUGGCUUCCCUCGGUGUGCUCCGUGGCUUUCUUCCACCUCCCUGGAAUGUGUGUGCCACACCUGUCCUCGUCCCGGGCCAGGCCUGUCGUGUGCACAUGAGCUGGUGUGCACAGAUACAUGUAUGUCGUUGUGUACGACCCCUGACUAGUUUCCAAGUAGCUCUGCGCCAAGCACCAGAGCAGACCCCAAGAGAGGCCCGUGCAAGUCCCCAUGUCCCCAGGUCCCGGCUUCUGUUGCCUUGGGCACUCAUACACCGGCACACGUGUUUCCAUCUCUUGACUUCCAUGAGCUUCAAAUUUUGCCCCUGAUUCUUCUGAUAUUUCCCAUUGACAUCCUCCAAAGCUCUAGGCCUGGAGGGCCAUUAGGACACAUGGAGUGAGUAGGGUCUCCAGCCCCUGGGAAAGCCACUGGCAAGGCAGGAUUAGAAAGACCAAGAGCAGGGUGGGGCGCCAUGAAAGCCUGUACGCCUCUCAGGCUCAAGACCCCGCCACAUACCCCCUCAAGCCUCAGAAGUGGGGUGUAGGGCAGCCCCAGGAGAGGAAUGUCGGUCCUAGCAGCACGUACAUGGAGCACCCCACACCUGCUCCAGCCCUCUGGCUGUUUCUCUUGCUUUAGAAUCAACUCCCUAAAUUGGGAAUGUAGAGGACUUGCCUAGCCUGCAAGAAGCUCAGGUUCCAUCCCUUGCACCAAGGAGAAUCAAAGCUCAGGAGGCUGAGGCAGGAGGAUUGCUGUCAGUGAUGUACAGAGGUCGUGGCUAUCCUGGGCUAUAUUAAACCUUGUCCUUUAAGAAAAAGAAAAGAAAUCAACUUCCAUAGAAUCUGAGUUCUGCUCAUUUCUGCACAGGUACAAUAGAUGACUUUAUUUGUUGAAAAUGUUUAAUAUAUUUACAUAUAUAUAUUUGUAAGAAUCAUUUUAAGCAGCUGCUGUAGGGUACCUUAAAAAAAAUCUUCCAGUAGAGUAUAAAUGUUAAAGCACAGAAUUGGUGCCAAGACUAGAUAAAGAAUGUAAAUUAUUCUCUUUAUAUUUUGAGGUUCUUUUCCUUUGGGAGGCCUUUGUCAGGCUGCACAACCUUACUUGUUCUCAUUUCGGAGUGGAUGGUGUUCAGUGGUAUGGAUCCCAGCUUGUCACCCCGAUCCCAGCUGUACUCCCAUGCAUGCUGGCGAAUUUCCAGGCUCUCCUGUGUCCCCCAUACUCUACCACCCCAGGACUCACCACACCUCCCUGACAUCCCGUCACCAGCACCGUAAAGCCUUGUGGCAUGUAUAGUUCUGAAACCCCCGUUCUGUUCUGUUUUAUGAUGACUCAUAACAGUCAGCAACCUAAUAAAGGAAAGUUUGUUAAAAUA